AUGAAGGCUGUAUAUAUUGACAAAUUUGUCACGGACAUUGCUAGUCUGAAGCCUUCGGCCAUCCCUGAUGUCAAACCAAAAAGGCCUGGAGACAUCUGCAUCAAGGUCACGCAUGCUGCAGUAACGCAUGUCGAUCUUCUGUAUGCCCAAGGUCUGCACCAGAACAACCGGCGUCAUGUCCAACCUCCUUUUGUGCUAGGCACAGAGUUCUCAGGCAUCGUCGUGUCCAGCCCACCAGGCUCGUCUUUGAAGCCUGGCUCCCGCGUCUUCGGGAGCGGCUUGGGCGCUUACGCUGAAGAGAUUUGCGUCCCUGAAGAAGCUGUCCGCCAUGUACCAGACCAAUGGACAAACGCGGAAGCGUGUGCCGUUGGUGCUAGCGGAGCCGUGAGCUACGGGGCAUUACUCGGUGUUGCCAAACUAAAAGCUGGGGAGACGGUUCUAGUCCUAGGUGCGAGUGGGGGCUUAGGGGUCAUGGCGAUACAGAUUGCAAAGGCUGUGGGUGCAAGGGUUAUCGCUGUGGUUGGCGACGAGGAAAAGGCCGCCGUGGUGAGAGACAUUGGCGCCGAUGAAAUUAUCGACUAUCACAAUGACCAGUGGGAGGAUCGCGUCAAAGAACUGACAAAGGACGGAGAGGGCGUCGAUGUCGUCUACGAUGGCAUUGGUGCAGUGGAGAGUGGGGUCAAGUGUUUGAGGUACCGCGGCCGUUUCGUGAUUGUGGGUUUCGCAGCAAGAAACGGAAACAUUGAAAAAAUUCGUGCGAACCGCAUUCUGCUCAAGUCGAUAGCUGUACAUGGUUAUAGAUUUGGCGAGGACGGCCGCCGAGAUCCACACAUGACAAAGGACAUCUGGCAUGGAUUUUCACGCUUGGUUGACGCUGGCGGUAUACGGCCAGUAGUUUACAAGGAGAAUUACUAUGGAUUGGAGGCGGUUGGUCGGGCGCUGGAGGAUGUGAAGGCGCGGAAACCUUGGGGGAGGACCGUGGUGAGAAUCGGCGAGAGCGGGAAAAUAGCAAGACUGUAG